GCUGGAAGCCGGCGUGAGAUGCCGUAAGCAGCUGAGGCGGUGAGGACCGCAGCGGCGACCGCAGUGGCUAAGUCUGCCUGUCAUUUCUGCCUUCUGAUCUCCGGCAAGUCAGGAAAAAAUAUAAAACAGCUGGCCGGCGGGAGCAGGCUACCCAGGUGACCCAGGAGAAACCCAGUCUUGGAGCUGCCGAGAAGCCCCAAGUGCAGAGGAGCCUUACUUGCAGAAUUCCAGCCAGUCCUCGCCCCGCCUUUUACAAUUUGGUCCUCUUUUAUCCUCCGUCCCUAAUUUUUGGAAUUUCAUUUUUCUUCCUCUUCUUCUCUUUGCUCAACUACCCCUAAUUUUUUUUUUAAGAAAAAUCUCAUUAGCUCACCUUUCCUUCCCAGCGUUCCCAUUCCCCCACUGAAAAAAAAUCUUUAAACGACCACCGCCUCUCUGACGGCAGGAGCACCUGCAGAGCCUCGGAGUUCCCCCUACCUCCCAGCCCGACCGCCCUCCCUCUCCGCGCGCGGGUUCCGGGCCCGGCGAGAGGGCGCGAGCGCAGCCGGGGCCAUGGAGGUGACGGCGGACCAGCCGCGCUGGGUGAGUCACCACCACCCCGCGGUCCUCAACGGGCAGCACCCGGACACGCACCACCCGGGCCUCGGCCACUCCUACAUGGACCCGGCGCAGUACCCCUUGCCUGAGGAGGUGGAUGUACUUUUUAACAUCGACGGUCAAGCCAACCACGUCCCGUCCUACUACGGGGAGGCUCCCCAGAUAUCAGAGGGGCGUUGGAGCUGCUCUCACCCGCCUGUCUCUCUCCUGCCCCCUCCCCCUUUCCUCGCAGGGAGCCAGGUGUGCCGUCCGCCUCUGCUGCACGGAUCCCUGCCCUGGCUGGACGGCGGCAAGGCCCUGGGCAGCCACCAUACCGCCUCGCCCUGGAACCUCGGCCCCUUCUCCAAGACGUCCAUCCACCACGGCUCCCCGGGGCCCCUGUCGGUCUACCCGCCGGCCUCGUCCUCCUCCCUGUCUGCGGGCCAUUCCAGCCCGCACCUCUUCACCUUCCCGCCCACUCCGCCGAAGGACGUCUCCCCGGACCCGUCGCUGUCCACCCCGGGCUCGGCCGGCUCGGCCCGCCAGGACGAGAAGGAGUGCAUCAAGUACCAGGUGCCGCUGCCCGACAGCAUGAAGCUGGAGUCGGCGCACUCCCGCGGCGGCAUGACCGCCCUGGGCGGGGCGGCGGCGUCGGCCCACCACCCCAUCACCACCUACCCGCCCUACGUCCCCGAGUACAGCUCCGGACUCUUCCCGCCCAGCAGCCUGCUGGGGGGCUCCCCCACCGGCUUCGGAUGCAAGUCGAGGCCCAAAGCGAGAUCCAGCACAGAAGGCAGGGAGUGUGUGAACUGCGGGGCAACGUCCACCCCACUGUGGCGACGGGAUGGCACCGGCCACUACCUGUGCAACGCCUGCGGACUCUACCACAAGAUGAAUGGGCAGAACCGACCCCUGAUCAAACCCAAGCGAAGGCUGUCGGCAGCAAGAAGGGCAGGUACGUCUUGUGCAAACUGUCAAACCACAACCACGACUCUCUGGAGAAGAAAUGCCAACGGAGACCCCGUCUGCAAUGCCUGCGGGCUGUACUACAAACUGCACAAUAUUAACAGACCCCUGACUAUGAAGAAGGAAGGCAUCCAGACCCGAAACCGAAAAAUGUCUAGCAAAUCCAAAAAGUGCAAAAAGGUGCACGACACGCUGGAGGACUUCCCCAAGAGCAGCUCGUUCAACCCCGCCGCCCUCUCCAGACACAUGUCUUCGCUCAGCCACAUCUCACCGUUCAGCCACUCCAGCCACAUGCUGACCACGCCCACGCCGAUGCACCCACCGUCCAGUCUCUCCUUCGGACCUCAUCACCCUUCCAGUAUGGUCACCGCCAUGGGUUAGAGCCUCUGCUCGACGCUUAGAGGUCUCCGGGCGAGAACCCCUCCGGCCCCUCCGACGUGCGUUUUCCAGGAGCGGUACCAGCAAGCUGAAAUCGGACGGAUACCUGUUUUCGAAGUCAGAAAGCAAAAUGACAUUCGCCACUUUGACAGAGGAGCCCGCUGCGGCGUCUGUGUGCCCCGAACCUGGAUCCCAUUUGUGAAUAAAGCCAUUCAGACUCGCGUUUCCCUACUUAACAGGGUCUCUCUAGUGCUGUGAAAAAAAAAAAAGAAAAAAGAAAAAAAAAGAAUCGCUGAACACUGCAUAUAACUUAUAUUGUAAGAAAUCCUGUACUUGGAAGACGACGACUUGAUUGCAUCCGAGUCGCUGUCAGGAAGGCGUGAAGGACGCCAGGAAUUUUAAGGAAUACGGGGGAAAAUAAAGGGUGGAAAUUAAGAGAAACUAGGUCUGAUAUCCAAAUGGACAAACUGCCAGGGUUUUUUUGCCUUUCACUGGUCACAGUUGUUUGAUGCAUUAAGAGAAAAAAAAAAAAGAGAAAAAAAAAGAAAAAAGUUAGUAGGCAAAUCAUUUGUUCAAGGCGGUGGGCCUCUGCCUAGGAAAUCCCUCUGCUCUGGGCGGUGGGGCAGCGCUCACCUGCUGCCGGAGGGGGGACUCGGAGAGACUUCCAGGCCCGCACGCUUGGUGAACAAGUCCCUGUAAUUGUUGUUUGUAUGUAUAAUUCAAAGCACCAAAAUAAGAAAAGAUGUAGAUUUAUUUCAUCAUGUUAUACAGAUUGAACUGUUGUACAAGUUUAUUUACUGCUAGUGUUAAGAAAUGCUUUUUUUCCCCUCUUUUGUUUUUGUUUGAACAUUUUCCUUCUCGCUCUAUUUUCGAUUGAAGAAACUAGGUGACAUUCAGUCGACCUAAGGUGGUUGUGCUCUGAAGGGCUGAGUUUUGCAUUUUUUUUUUAUGAUAUUUAUUACAUAGCUUCUAAGGGUACAGUGGCACCUGUCCUGUCGCCCACUCCGCCCGCAGCCUGCGCUGUGAAGGUAGCGGUGUUGCAAGCUCCCAGCGUGCAUGUCAGCGGCUCAGACCCGCCAGAGCGGGUCCUGAGAACAGCCUGGCUGAAUGUUAGCGCCUGCUGUGUUCUGUGUUAGUGAUCACUGCCUUUCAUGCAGUCUGUUGAAAUAAUAAUAUACGAAUAAAUAAUAAAGUGAAACUAUUUAAAAGCAACGAGAUAACAUUGUAUCAGGAGUGGUGGCCAAGCUCUUAGAGAAUCCAGGAGCUGUAGUUAAUUUAAGGGGGAAAAAAA